AGAUGCGCAUCAAGCGGUCGUCGUCCCUUAAGUGCGGCAAGACGCCGCCAGGCACGCCGGGCCGCAAGAAGAUCGUACGCUUCGCCGACAUGCUGGGCCUGGACCUGGCGGCCGUGCGCACCUUCCUGGGCGGCGGCGUGCCGCACGUGCCGCGCUCCGCCUUCUGGGACCUGCAGGUGGAGAAGCGCGCCGCCGGGCGCGGCUCCGUGACGGCGGACGCCGCGAUGCUGGUUGAGCGCCACGCGGCCGUACCGCGGCGCGUGCUGACGCCGCUCUUCCAGCAGCCUGGCCUGCACGGCAACUUCCUGGAGCGGGUGCGGACGCAGCGCGUGGUGGUGGAGAGCGUGGACGUUGGCGACGACAUGAGUGUGCGUGGCGUCGUGCGCGUCCUCAAUCUGGACUUCCACAAGACCGUCGUGGUGCGCUACACCUUCGACCACUGGCGGAACCACCACGAAACCACAGCAACGUACAUAGACGGAUCCUACGACGGCCUCACGGACCAGUUCUCCUUCUUGUUAUGGGGGAGCUUCCUACAGGAUAACGGGGCCUUGGUCUUCUGCGUCCGCUACCACUCCCUCGGUCAAGAUUUCUGGGACAACAACUUCGGCAGGAACUACAGUCUCCAGUGCUACUCUACCUUGGGGCCGCACAGUGAAGGGGGCAGCGGGGUAAUCUCGCGGCCCCAGAACUCCAGUAUGGUUCAACAGCACUUCGAGAGCGGGGGUGGGUCGUCCUCUUCCGCUCGUUCAUAUGGUAGUCACACCUUCUCCGGUUCCCCGACGACGCCUAACGAUCCUUGGGCCACCAGGUUCUUCUAGGUUGGUGGCGAAGGACCAAGACGGAGAGACACAAACCCAAGUUCAAGACAUAAGCAAGACUGAAUGAAGCAAGCAAGAAUGACCCCCUUAAGCAUAGUAACUUCAGCCUCUUCCUCCGCUCCCCGCCGUCACCGCCGCCGUCAGCCCUCCUCCAGUAGACUUCGAGUGAUCUGUUGUUAUUUAUUUCCUACGUUAGUGUGUGGAGAACAGGCUGUGGUAGUGUGUAAAGGAGGUGGAGGUGGUGGAUGUGGUGGGGUGGAUGGAUGGAUGGAUGGUAGAAGGGGAGAAGUUUAUAGGAUGUUGCUGCUAGUCCAAGGAGGUUAUCUACCUGCACAAGUUACUGGAGUCCUACAGAGUCCUACGAAGUCCUGUGAAGUUGUUAGGACGCUGCUACGAGAUCGAGGAAGUUAUCUCUAUAUAUAUACACAACUUACUAGAGUCCUACGAAGUCCUGUGAAGUUUUUAGGACGUCGUUGCAAAUUUGAGGAAGUUAUCUCUACAUUUACAACUUACCGGAGUCCUACGAAGUUCUGUGAAGUUUUUAGGACGUAGUUGCAAAUUUGAGGAAGUUAUCACUAUAUUUACAACUUACCGGAGUCCUACGAACUUCUACGAAGUCCUAAACGAACAAAGAGAUGAUCCCCAGGAGGUCAUCUUGACGUAACUGGAGUCUCACGAAAUCCCACGAAGUCCUGUGAAGUUUUAUGAAGUCCUACAGGAAGAAAAAGGUGAUCACGUGAAGUUUCCUCUUAAUCGAAGUCCCACGAAAUCCUACGAAGUCCCACGAAGUCCUGUGAAGUUUUGUGAAGUCCUACGGGAAGAAAGAUGAUGAUCAGAUGAAGUUUUCUCUCUUAACUGAAGUCCUACGAAGUUCUACAGAAUUAAGGAGUCGAUGCGAUGAAGUUUUUUUCACCUGGUGGAAGUCCUACGAAGUCCUGUGAAGUUUUAUGAAGUCCUACGGGAAGAAAGAAAUGAUCAGAUGAAGUUUUCUCUCGUAACUUAAGUCCUACGAAAGCUAACGAGGUCCUACAGGACCUCCAGUGAAGUUUAUCUACAUAACCAACAUCCUACGAGUGUCCUACGGGAUAAUAGAGUUGAUCUCAUGAAGUUAUCUCACCUAACCAAGCCCUGUGUAGCUUUCCAUCUGACUCUAGCUUGUAGGACCCCUUUAGGAUAUUAAAUGAGUCCUGCAGGAUAUCCUAAGCACCAUCUCCUCCCGGUCCACUGGUUUCCUUACAUAAAUGGAAUCCUACGAAGUUAUCCUACCAUACCAUGCUUGUAGGACCCCUUGUGUGCCCUGCAGGAUCCCCUAAGCGCCAUAGAGGAGUGUAAUCAAUGUCCUACAAGAGUUAACUGCAUAGUGGAAGUCCUACAAGCUUUCCUACACGCCUCCAUCCAUACCACGCUUGUAGGAAUCCAAUAGAGUGUCUUAUGAGUCCUCUAGGAUCCCUCACACGUCAUCAAAGCCUGUCCUCAAGUGUCCUACGAAGCUAUCCUACACUCCACUAAGCCAGCAUCCCGGGUGUGCCAUGUAGGACCCCAUAGGAUCUCAUGUGUGUCCUGCAGUAUCUCAACAAGGAACAAGUAGGA